GAGUUCAUGUUUAUUCAAACUUCAACAUGGGCCUCUCAAUCUUUCCCAAUCUAUCCUUUUUCCCUCUUAAACCCCCCAUAAAAGCAAAAUAAACCAACCCUUCAACUACCUUAACCACCCCCACAAUCUCCCUCUCCACUCUUCCUCCAUCUUCAUACUAUUACCUCUUUCACACUCACUCCCUAAUCCUUCAACCUCUCUCUUUCUCUCAUAAACAACAAAAGAUACAAACCUUCCACUUCUGCAUCUCCUUCCCCAGUCACCAAAAUCCAAACUUUAAUCAAUUCUACCCUUUAUUCCAAACAAACAAACAAAACAAAAUCCAAAACACCCCAUUUACUAAUUCUUUCAAAAAUCUCACCUUUUUCCCUACCAAACUCACUAAAUAACCCUAAAUUAAAAACAAGCUUGCUUCGAUUUUAGUUUCCACCUUCAAUGUGGCGACCAUGGAACAAAUCAACUUCAUCUUCAUUCUCUUGUUCUUCCUUCAAAGACAUUCAAACCCUCUUCUUAGAUGAACCCUCCACUGCCAAACCCAAACCCUCCAUCUUCCACCGAGUCACACUCGCCAACUCGCUCCUUCGAGCCUGGUCAACUCACCCCAAACUCACCUAUUCCGUCUCCCCUCACGCCCCCGACGAUCCACGCGCCAUCCAACCGCGCCCUCCUCGUUCGGAGCAGCGCGUGGUGGUCUACUUCACGAGCCUGCGCGUAGUCCGUCCCACGUUCGAGGAUUGCAAAACGGUGUGUUCCAUCUUGCGUGGGUUUCGCGUCGCUUUGGACGAGCGAGACGUGUCCAUGGAUUCGGGUUUUCUUUCGGAGCUUCGUCGGGUCACUGGUCGGAAAACCGGGUUCACCCUGCCACGUGUUUUUAUUAACGGGAGGUACGUCGGUGGGGCCGAGGAGGUGAGGUGGCUGCACGAGAGUGGCGAGCUCAAGAAGCUACUCGAAGGAUUGCCCGCAGCUGAUUCUCACUUGCGCUCGUGCCACGUGUGCGAUGAUCAUAGGUUUGUUCUUUGCGGGGAGUGUUCCGGUGCGCGCAAGGUGUACGCGGAGAAAGGUGGGUUCAAGACGUGUGCUGCUUGCAAUGAGAGUGGCCUGAUCAGGUGCAUCUCUUGCUCUUGUUGACUAUGUGCACCCGCAUCUUCUUCUUUCUCUCUCUCUCAUGAAUCAUGAUGAUCUUUUUCUCGUCGCAGUUUGAGUGAGUGGGACCAACAUAAUUAAAAUAAAAAAAGACAAUUUUUUUUUCAAAUAUUUAGUUUUUUUUUUUUUUGGUUAUAUAUAUAUAUAUUUUAUUUUUUUUGGGUUAUUCAGUUUUUAUAGUUUUAUGGGCAUUGUAAGCAAUGUGUAGGCCCAAGAGGUGUAGAUGAAUGGAAUGUGAAGCCCAUGCUGGCUAACUCGUCUUUCUUACCUAAUCACAUUCUUCUCUU